CACGGAUCCAACAAUUCUUUACAUUGUCAUCAAUCUUUGUAAAGCAGUGCAGAGCAAGCAGUUUUAGUGUACAGCAGUUGUUUCUAAAACUGUAAUGCGACCAUAAACGGUAAGGAAGCUUUUUCAUGUGUGUGUAGAUAAACCUUGAAUGCUACACGUGUUAUUAACGUGUAGUGACUUACUUGUUGCAGUUUACAGUAUUAGUUCGACUGUCUCUAUAAUCAGUGAAUAAGCCUAGCUAUGUUGUUUAGCCUAGCCUACUACAGUUGCCCACAAGCAGAUUUACGAGUGCUGCCUGCCACAUGCAGUUGUCUAGCUACAAAAUCCCACUGUGCUUUUAAACAAUAUUUCACUAGUGAAGUUACAGUAGCUAUGUUUGUCAAUUAACCUCAUCGUUUAUUCAAUGAAUAAUGCUAGCUAUGUUCUCUUUAUAGAGGGCAGAGAUGACAGUGCCAGUGGUGAACCUUUCUUUUGCUGCGUGUGGAUUCCUGGGUAUCUACCAGCUGGGUGCAUGUGGAGCCAUACUGAGACAUGGAGACAAGCUGCUGGGCACUCUCAGGGCAUGUGCCGGGGCAUCCGCUGGAGCUCUGGUGGCUGCAGUGAUGAUCACUGCUCCAGACAAACUAGAGGUAAGAUAGUAAGGUCUUCAUCAUCAUCCUAGUCUUCUUCUCCUUCAUCUACUUCUUCAAUUUGUGUUGUGUUUAGUCCUACUGCGGGUUAAUAAAUGUGGUAUUUUUCCAAUAGAGUGUCAAAGAAUUUACCUUCAGAUUUGCCAAAGAUGUCAGAAGCCAGAGGCUUGGAGCUGUGACUCCUGGAUAUAACUUCAUGCUUACACUCAGGUAGUCACUUACUAACUCAGAGAGAGCUAUACACUGAGUAUACCCCCCCCCCCCCCCCCCCCCCCCCCACGGUUGUGUCAAGUUGGCUGGAUGUCCUUUGGGUGGUGGACUAUUCUUGAUACACACGGAAACUGUUGAGCGUGAAAAACCCAGCAGCGUUGCAGUUCUUGACACAAACCAGCACGCCUGGCACCUACUACCGUACCCUGUUCAAAGGCAAUUCAAUAUUUUGUCUUGCCCAUUCACCCUCUGAAUGACACACAUACACAAUCCAUGUCUCAAUUGUCUCAAGCUUAAUAAUAAUAUAAUAUAAAAUGCCAUUUAGCAGACGCUUUUAUUCAAAGCGACUUACAGUCCAUCUUAAAAAUCCAUCUUUAACCAGUCUCCUCCCCUUCAUCUACACUGAGUGAAGUGGAUUUAACAAGUGACAUCAAUAAGGGAUCAUAGCUUUCACCUGGAUUCACCUGGUCAGUCUAUGUCAUGGAAAGAGCAGGUGUUCUUAAUGUUUUGUAUACUCAGUGUAUAGAAGAGUCAUAUGUGCACACAUAGUUAGACAGGCAGAAACACAGAGACCCAGUUGGUUGGGUUGAAUGGGAAUACAUUUUUACUUUAUGUUUUGUAUAUUUCUUUGAGUUAAAGCCACAUCUACAGUAGAUAACUGGGUGUUAUGUAAAUCUUUUUUCAUUCGUAACACCUUCUUUAUCAUAAAUUGAGCUAUUCAUGUGUGGGAGUAAACAAAACUCAAGGCUAUAGAACUGAACAAUGGUUGCAUUUGGAUCUUCAUUAAGUGCAUGCAUUACACAGCCAACAGAUUGUGUAAUAAGUGCAUGUUUUAUUACAGAGCCGUACAGUGUUGUUAAAUUAAUUAUUAAAAACAUGAAAAACAAGCAUCUGUCCCUUUGUUCUGCCCAGGGAGGGCAUCGAGGAGUUUCUGCCUGGCGAUGCCCACAGUAAAGCAGGCAAUCGCCUUCACAUCUCUAUAACAAAUUCAAAAAGCGGCAAGAACACCAUCGUAUCCAGCUUUGCCUCCAGGGAGGACCUCAUAAAGGUAGCCUGCCACAAGCCUGAGCAGAUUAUAUUACUGUAUCUUACUAUAAACCUUGACUUUAACACAAAAUGUUGUCGUAAAUGUUUAUGAGGAGCAUGGCCAUUGUUUUCCCCCUGAUACACUGCAUUGUUUGGUCAGUUCUGUGUUUUAGCCAGUCAAGUGACUGAGCAACUCAUAUCUUACAAUAUGUGUGGGUGAAGGAACAUUUACAAAUCUCUUUCACUACAUAUUUUAGGAUUUGCUCUUACCGAAUUCAUUUGCUUCUUUUAAUUUAAGGCACUCCUGGCCAGUAGUUUUGUGCCUGUCUAUGCUGGAAUCAAACCGGUAGAAUGGCAAGGACAGGUAAUAACUUUAACUGCAUCUCAAACUCAACCAAUGGAUGUUAUCCAUUACGAGCUUACUGUUACUUUCUGUUUGUUUAUAACUGAAAAUCAAUAAACUAACUGUAACACAUAUCCUUCAGAAAUGGAUUGACGGGGGCUUCACGGAUAGUCUCCCCAUCCUGCCAGAGGGACGUACCAUCACAGUCUCCCCCUUCGCUGGUCCCCAAGAUAUCUGCCCAAAACACAGAGGGCUCAUGAACCUCCACCUCAAACUGGCCAACAUGGACGUAAUGGUGAGUAUCAUCACUGUUUGAUUACAUAUCCACAGGGAUACAGACAGUACACAUCUUCGACAAGUGUGCAUUGCAUUCAUUGUAUGGUUUUCCACAUCAUUUUGCAUUGUUAUGCGGAACUGUAAUUUAGUGGCUGCCUAGACACAGUUCUUUUGCAGUAUGUAAAUUGGUUUGAUUUGGCAGACGUUUUUGUUGAUGUUUUGUGUUGUUUUAUCCCUCAGUUUUCCAAGGAGAACAUCAUUAGGUUAAACCAGUCCUUGUUCCCUCCAUUAGAGGAAAGGAUGAACCAGUAUUGUAAAGAGGGUCAUGACGAUGCAGUGAGGUUUCUGAAGACAGAAAACUGGAUCCAGUAGGAUUGUAUUUCAAUUGAGUAUUUUUUGUAUUAUUUGGAGAAGAGCAGUGUUUUUAUAGUGUUUUUACUACAUUUAAAUAUGGUGAAAUCAAAUUAUUUAUUUUAGAUUUUGAAGUGUGAUAG